AUGGAAGAGUUAUCUUCCUUGCUGCAGCCUCUGGUGCUGCUUCUCUUGCUUCUGAUGCUCCCUCGAGUUGAAUCCAAAGCACAGCCUGCUGCAUGUGGCAUGCAUGAGACCCUCCACGCCCAACACCAGUAUUAUCAGCAAGGGGACCUCAUAAUUGGUGCAAUGGCCUCUAUGCUCUUUGCCCCUUCCUACACUCCAAUUGUCUUCCAAGGGAACCCCCUGACAGAGAUGGAUGAUGCCUACACCACAGUGCUGAAAAACUACCAGCAUAUCCUUUCCUUGGUUUUUGCGGUCAAAGAGAUCAACGAGAACCCAAAACUCUUGCCCAACCUCACCUUAGGGUUCCACAUUUAUGAAAAUUACUUCAAUGCACGGAAAACUUAUCAGAACACAUUGAACCUUCUCUUCAGUCAAAAGAUAGCUGUCAUCAACUACAAAUGUGACAGCCAGAAGGACCUAAUAGCGGCCAUUGGUGGAGUUGACUCCGAUACCUCCCUCCACAUGGCCACCAUCUUAGGCGUCUAUAAGAUUCCACAGCUUCACCCUUUCCUGAGGAGUACCUCAUUUAACAACAGUGCUGGGGAUAAGGUAUCUUUUGAUGAAAAGAGAGAAUUUAUAGGAGGAUUUGAUAUUGUAAACUGGGUCACAUUUCCAAAUCAGUCUUUCUUAAGGGUUGAAGUAGGGAAAAUGGAUCCGCAAGCUCCCCAGGGCAGAGAAUUUUCCAUUAAUGAGAUGGACAUUACAUGGCACAGCCACUUUAAACAGGUUGUACCUCUUGCUCUGUGCAAUCCCAAGUGUCACACAGGUCACAGCAAGAAACGGAAGGAGGGGGAGCCAUUUUGUUGCUACGACUGUGAUCGUUGUCCAAAAGGGAAGAUUUCCAAUGAGGAAGAUAUGGAUGACUGUUUCAGAUGUCCAGAAGAUCAGUAUCCAAAUGUUGGUCAAAAUCACUGCCUUUCCAAGAUCCUGAACUUCUUGUCUUUUGAAGAACCUUUGGGCAUCAGUUUGGCUGUUUUGGCUCUCUCCCUUUCUGGGAUCACAGCUGCGGUGUUAGGAAUCUUCCUCAAGCACAGGAACACUCCCAUUGUCAAAGCCAACAACCGGAAACUCACCUUCACGCUGCUCCUAUCCCUUUUGCUCUGCUUCCUCAGCUCCUUGUUCUUCAUUGGUUUGCCACAGAUUCUGAACUGCCUUCUACGCCAGACUGCUUUUGGCAUCAUCUUCUCUGUGGCUGUUUCUUCUGUGCUGGCCAAAACCAUCACUGUGGUUCUGGCUUUCAUAGCUACUAUACCAGGGUCCAGGAUGAGGAAAUGGCUGGGGAAGCCGUUUUCAAACUCUGUUGUUCUUUGCUGCUCAUUUAUUCAGUCUAGUAUCUGCAUGGCGUGGCUGUGUACUUCUCCUCCAUUCCCAGACGUUGACACGCACUCUCUGAAUGAAGAAAUCAUAGUGGAAUGCAAUGAAGGAUCUACCAGGAUGUUUUAUUGUGUUCUGGGCUACAUGGGAUUUCUUGCUCUUGUUAGCUUCCUCGUGGCUUUCUUGUCUAGAAAACUACCCGACACCUUCAAUGAAGCCAAGUUUAUCACGUUCAGCAUGUUGUUGUUUUGCAGCGUGUGGGUGUCCUUUGUUCCAACUUACUUAAGCACGAAAGGGAAAUAUAUGGUAGCAGUGGAGAUCUUCUCCAUCCUGGCCUCUGGGGCUGGAUUACUGGGUUGCAUCUUUUCCCCUAAAAUAUACAUUAUUGUGCUGAAGCCUGAACUGAAUGUCAAGGAACAGCUUUCAGUGAGUAACAAGCGGAAAAGAAAUAAUGCAAUGAAAUCAACUGGCAAGUAG